AUGGCCCAGGCUCGCUCCGCGCGCCUAAGUCCCAGGCUCGCUUCGCGCGCCUAAGUCCUGGGCCGGGGCGCCCGGCUCACUCCGCGCGCCUAAGUCCGCGCCCGGUUCGCUCCGCGCGCCUAAGUCCUGAGCCGAGCGGAGAGUGGAUUCCUCACACAAGGGCCCAGCAUCCACCGCCAGGCCCGUGUCGCUCCUGCAAGAAGAAGGACCACUGGUCUUUCGACUGCAAAAAGGCUCUUGAGGACGGGAAAACGCCCGACACCUCUGAUGCGCAACACCAUGUCGGAUGUCUCGCCACCGGUCUUCUCGCACAUCGUCGUCAGCUUCGCAACAACUCCUUCGUCGUCGACUCGGGUGCCACUUCGCACAUGGUCUCGGACAAGUCGCUGUUCACGGCCUAUCGCCACAUCGCUCCUACGAAGAUUGGUGGUAUUGCAGGGGGCAUCAACGCCGUCGGAACGGGAAACAUCUGUGAAGAGUCCACUCUCAGCUCGACAGGGGCGCCUCGGUCGUUGCGCGCACUUGCUAGCCCGCCCCCGGCGGUGGGGACUUAGACGCGCGCGACUGCCUCAGCGCGCCAGCGCCGGCGGAUUCAUGCGCGCGCCCGCUAGCCCGCCCCCUUGCGGUGGGGACUUAGGCGCGCCGGCGAUUUCACCCGCGGCUGACUUAGGGAUGUACAUUGUCACGCGCCUGGGACUAUCCCAGCGUGGCCCCCCCCUUUCUGUUUCUUAGCUUCCUUCUCAUCACUUCUGUUCGACUCUCAACCUCUCCUGACAGUAGUGGUGAACGUCUCAUAGGUUAUAAGCCCACGAGCCACCAGCUGGCAUGACCACGACACCACCCCUCGCGACGGGUGCCAACCCUCCGAUUCCCGCCGAACAGCUCGCCGCACUUACAUCGCUGCUGUCGGGUCUCACCGCUGCCGCUUCCGGCACUGCCACACCCGCCACGACGUCCGGCACCACUCGCACUGCCUUUCCAAAGCACGCACGCUUGGAUGGUGCGAAGACCUUCGCGAACUGGACACGCCAACUUCGCCUGUGCCUAGCGGACGACAUCCGCUCGUACGUCCUCGACGGUAUCGCACCCGACGACUGGACACCUUCGCAACGCUCCGCUCGCGACGCCGUCGCUCGUGAGGUCCUUGCGAAUUCGAUUGACUCGGCCGAAGUCUCGGCAGUCCUCGACAAAAUCCCUACCGCCGACCUGACAGCGCCGACAAUCUACUCGACGCUGAAAUCGCGGUACGCCCCUGACGACGCCACCCGCACGCUCGAGCUCUUCUCACGACUCUGGGGUUUCCGUCCCAUGCCCGGCACGGUUGCCGAAUUCGACGGGUGGAUCAUGGACUUCAAAGCCGUUGCGCAAGAGAUCAUCGACACAAAGACAACUAUCAAUGAUGUUCUCGCCACACUCCUCCUUGCAAUCGCCCACCCGUCCCUCGAGAGCUUCAAGGCGUCGUUCACCGAUGAACAGCGCACGCAACGAACUCUCCCCGACAUUGAUUCGCUUGCCGACCGUAUGCGAGUCCAACUUCGGUCAACGAACAUCCCCAGCACUCAAUCGGCCCUUCUUGCCUCGUCGUCGUCACGUUCUACUCGUCUCAAGUGUCUCGCCUGUCGCAGCCCUUCGCACCGAGUCGCGGAGUGCCCUACGAGGGCGCAACACCCGCCGCCAGGACCCUGUCGCUCCUGCAAGAAGAAGGAUCACUGGUCUCUCGACUGCAAGAAGGCGCUCGAGGACGGCAAAAAGCCCGACACCGCUGACUCGACCGUCGACUCGCAACACCAUGUCGGAUGUCUCGCCACCGGUCUUCUCGCUCGUCGUCGCCAGCUUCGCAACCACUCUUUUGUCGUCGACUCGGGCGCCACUUCGCACAUGGUCUCGGACAAGUCGCUGUUCACGACCUAUCGCCAUAUCGCUCCUACGAAGAUUGGUGGUAUUGCAGGGGGCAUCAACGCCAUCGGAACGGGAAACAUCGCCUUCAUUGCCGCCUCGGGUCAUCCGAUCACGCUUACCGGCGUGCUGCACACUCCGGGCCUGUUUGUCAAUCUUCUCUCGGUCUCUCGACUUUGCGACACCGACGAUGUCCGUGUCGCCUUCACAAAACACGGCAUCCACAUUGACAAGGACGGCAACGACAUCGCUGAAGGCGCACGACUCGACGAAGGGCUCUACUUGCUGGACGCUGAUCAUUCCAAAUGUCAGCACCUUGCUCUCCUUUCUCGCUCACAGUCGUCCGUGCCCCUGCUGACUCUCCAUCGCUGCCUCGGCCAUCUCGCACCGUCCUCCAUACAGAAGAUGGUUGCCGCUGGUUUGCUGGAGGGUCUCAGGGCCGGAUAUAGUGACGAAGAGGUAGAGAAGUUUGUCUGCAAUGCUUGCCUCAGCGCAAAGGGCCAUCGUCUUCCCUUUCCCGAUUCGGAUUCGCACUCCUCAGAGAGACUCGGCCUUGUACACAGCGAUGUGCUUUCCUUCCCCGAGCGGUCCUUGACUGGCAAACGUUUAUGA